AUGACUGACGGAAUCCCGACGCUGAGUGAACGAGUCCUCUGGAAUGCCAUGGAUGAUUCUAAAUGGAAGAUGGGGGUUCUUCUCUGCAUUACAACAACAACGUGCGUCGUAAUUAAUUCCUACGUGCAUAUUCGUGAAAAAUUUAUCUUAGGAAUUCCAUACGUUCUGGAAGAUUAUGUACAUUUGCAGGGAUUUAUAGCGAAUUUCUUCUUAUUCUACGGCUCCUUGUAUCUCACCCUGAUUGAGGCUACGAUUAUCUUCAUUGGAGUUUACUUUAUUGCAACACUUGGGAUUUUGAGUGAUCUCAUCAGGUUAUUAAAUGAAACCACCGAGUCCACUGGAAAAAUUUUGAAACUUAUUGUGCGUCUUCAAGUGGAAAUUAUUGAGAAUUUUAACGACUACUGUGAAGCACUUUUCUACGUUUUCCUCAUUCAAAUAUCAACGUGCGUCUUUCUUCUUGUCCUUCUCUUCUUCCUUCUCAUGCAUACAAUUACAAAUGCCAUGUAUUUGGUAAUUAUUGUCACUGUUAUGUCACAAUUUGCCAUGUUUUGCUUCUUCGGACAGAUCAUCCACAACCGAUCCGAAAGGAUUUUCACGGAUUUAUAUAUAACAAAGUGGUACGAAAUGGAUGUUAAGGAUCAAAAAUCUCUACUUCUUGCAAUGAAGAUGUCCCAGAGAACUUUGGGCUUCAAAGUUGCAGGGAUCUUACUUCUUGGUUUUUCUCAUUCAAAUGGCCACAAUGUAAUAAUUCUCAUUCUGACCUUCUCCCUCAUCAUGACCUCUUCAACCAAUAUGAUGUACUACUCACUCAAUGAAAGCUCAAAGAACCAACCAAAUAAUUUAAAAUUUAUUGUUCAAUUCCACGUGGAAGUUCUUGAGAAAUUUGAGAAAUACUGCGAGGCGUUCUUCUUGGUUUUCCUCGUUCAAAUGGCAACAAUUGUAAUAAUUCUCAUUCUGACCUUCUCCCUCAUCAUGACCUCUUCAACCAAUAUGAUGUACUACUCAGUAAUCGCAACAGUUAUGCUACAAUUCACCUUAUUCUGCUUCUGUGGGCAAAUCAUUCACAACAAAUCGGAAAGAAUCUUUACGGAUUUAUAUCAAACAAAGUGGUACGAAAUGGAGCUCAAAGAACAGAAAAUUCUCUUGCUAAUGAUGAAAAUGUCCCAAAGGAGUCUCGGCAUUAAGGUUGCAGGAAUGUAUGAUAUUAAUUUUGUGAUGUUUAUGCAAGUUCUUAAAGUUAGCUUCUCCUAUUGCACAAUUUUGUAUACUUUAAUGUAA